UGUAUUGUAUAGCUGUUCUCAAUAUUCUUUGUAGUUUUAGUUCUGUCUGACGACAUGAGAUCAUAUAUUGUUGAAAAUGGCUGCUUGAAUAAUAAGGAUCAGUAAAUGUGCUACGAAAUGUAUUCUAUUACAAUGGAAAACUACGAUACUAUUGCGAUAUCUACACGGAUUAUUACAGAUUUAAGCAUAGAUUUAAAUAACAAAGUUUUAUUUGGUUACAAUUACGAUUACGGUCUCACGAAAAUUUCAUUAUAUUGCGAACAUUAUUAUUUGUUCGAACAUAUUUGUCUUAUUUGCAAAGACUGCAUUUCUCGUAUUACUCAAACAAAAUAUGUCGUCCAGUGAAAAACCGAUGUAUGAUAAUGAGAAAGAAAAUACUAAUAAAACUCUUUGGGAUUAUUUUGCAAAAGCACACAGAAAUUUUAUAACAACACGAAGAGGUAACCUUUAGGCAGACUAAUUUCGUAACAUUUAAAUUUCCUGAUACAACGCCUGCAAUAAAGAUUUGAACAAUGCGUAAUAAUAAUGUACCUGAUCCUUCGCGGCAUAUCAACGAUUACCACGACGAAGAUAAAUUAUGUAAUUCGCAAAUAAAUCAAUUUAGACCACGAACAAUUUCGGAGGAAUCCACCGAUUCUGAAGAUGGUUACUAUAUAGUCUUCGAAACUAAAUCAAAUACCAAAAAUGGCACGGCUGAUGUUGACUAUAACAAAACAAGCUGCGAGGAUGAGGAUAUAAAAAGUAAGAAGAAGUUGACACAAAAGGUGAAGUUUAAUUUAAUGCCAAUCGUACAUAUCAUGGUUCAAUGGGAUUAUGCGUACCGAGCAGCUCGUAAAGGCCCGUGGGAAGAAAUGGCACGAGAUAGGGAAAGAUUCAAAAGACGUAUAAAUUGCAUUGCGACUGUCCUUGAUCCGAUUUUAACUAGUCAACACCGUGCUUAUAUUUUGCAGGAACGAUUCGCUCUUCAGAAGUAACAACACUAUCUCUUUAAAACUAUAAGAUGAAAGUGGAAGGGUGUCGAAGGGGACACAUUUUGGUCACGCUGCUUUUUUUCUAGGUGGAGACGCUAAAAAGAUAUGAAGAUCACCUUCACUUUUUUAAAUGGAAUUAUGAUUUUUUUAUAGAUAUGAUUCCUCUAUUUAUUUAAAAAAUAUUAAAAUGUAUAAAAAUACUAAGAAGUACAAUUGUCGAAAAAUCAAUUAUUUACGAGAUAUUUUAUACUUUAUUCUGACAAAAAAUUUAGUCAAAGAGAUAUUUAAAAUGAUGUCCUCCGACUUCAAUACAUUUUCGGAUACGAUACAUAAAUCUUCUAUCAUUUCUAUCAUUUCUGAAUUUAUACUCGCACAUGUUUCCAAAAUAUGUUCUUUCAUGUUCUCCUGUGUAGUUGGUACAUCAUUGAAAACAAUGUUUUUCAACGUUUCCCAAACAAAAAAGUCGAUGGGAUUUAAAUAUAUUGAAGUCGAAAAUUUCGAGCAAUUUAUGUUUGUGAAAUUAUGUUUUGUGAAAUAAAAUGUAAUAAUAAAUGUUUUGUGAAGAAA